AGUGCCUGGAAAGAGCGGCCGUUUGCGCCUGCGCAGUGGCUCUGCGACUGAGGCGGCGGUCGGAUGCGUCCGCGGCUGCGGGGCACGGCGACGCGGAGGGAGGGGGGGCUAUGCAGCCGCCACAGCCGCCCCCCUACGAGUUCCUCGGCGAGGAGAACGGGCAGAAAUGGCGGGGGCUGCUCGUGCCGGCCCUCAGGAAGGUUCAACAGCAGGUCCAUCCCAACCUUUCAGCCAAGGAGGACUCCCUCUGCUACAUCGAGGAGCUAAUCUUUCAGCUGCUAAACAAACUGUGUGUUGCCCAGCCAAGGACUGUCCAAGAUGUCGAGGAGCGAGUUCAAAAGACCUUUCCUCACCCGAUUGACAAGUGGGCCAUUGCAGAUGCACAAUCCGCCAUUGAGAAGCGAAAGAGAAGAAACCCUCUCCUGCUGCCUGUGGAAAAAAUACAUCCCCUUUUAAAGGAAGUUCUUGGCUAUAAAAUAGAUUAUCAGGUGUCCCUUUACAUCGUGGCUGUCCUGGAAUAUAUCUCUGCUGACAUCUUAAAACUGGCUGGCAAUUAUGUGUUCAAUAUACGGCACUUCGAGAUUUCCCAACAGGACAUUAAAGUGUCAAUGUGUGCUGACAAGGUGUUGAUGGAUAUGUUUGAUCAGGAUGACAUUGGCUUGGUUUCUCUCUGCGAGGAAGAGCCCUCUUCUUCUGGUGAACUCAAUUACUAUGAUCUUGUCCGGAGCGAGAUUGCUGAUGAAAGGCAGUAUCUGCGAGAGCUGAACCUCAUCAUUAAAGUAUUUCGAGAAGCAUUUCUGUCUAACAGGAAGUUAUUCACGCCUAAUGACAUUGACAUGAUUUUUAGCAACAUCACAGAUAUCCAUGAACUGACAGUGAAGCUCUUGGGGUUAAUUGAGGACACUGUGGAAAUGACCGAUGAAAGCAGCCCUCACCCACUGGUUGGCAGCUGUUUUGAGGAUCUUGCAGAGGAACAGGCCUUUGACCCAUAUGAAACCUUGUCCCAGGACAUCCUUUCUCCGCAAUAUCACGAACAUUUUAAUCACUUGAUGGCAAAACCUGCUGUGGCUUUACAUUUCCAGUCAAUUGCUGAUGGCUUUAAAGAAGCAGUUCAGUAUGUUCUCCCACGCCUGAUGUUGGUUCCCGUAUACCACUGUUUGCACUACUUUGAAGUAUUACAGCAAUUACAAGAAUGUAGUGAAGACGAAGAAGAUUGCGAGUGCCUGAAGCAAGCCAUCACAGCGCUCUUAAAUCUCCAGUGUAGCAUGGAACGUAUAUACAACAAACACUCACCUAGACGCAGGCCGGGGGAGCCAGUGUUUUGGUUCUACACCCGCCAAGUCCGAAGCAAGCACCUGGCCAUUAAAAAGAUGAAUGAGAUCCAGAAAAACAUUGAUGGGUGGGAAGGCAAAGACAUUGGCCAGUGCUGCAACGAAUUCAUCAUGGAGGGGACGCUGGCCAGAGUCGGGGCCAAGCACGAGCGGCACGUCUUCCUCUUUGACGGCUUGAUGAUUAGCUGCAAAGCCAACCACGGCCAGUCGCGCCUCCCGGGUUACAGCAACGCGGAAUACCGACUCAAGGAGAAAAUUGUCAUGAGGAAAGUCCACAUCGUAGAUAAGGACGAUACGUGCGAAUACAGGAACGCUUUUGAACUGGUCCCGAAGGACGAGAGCAGCUUCAUCUUUGCUGCCAAGUCUGCUGAAGAGAAGAACAACUGGAUGGCGGUGCUGAUCUCCCUCCAGUACCGCAGCACCCUGGACCGCAUGCUGGAUGCAGUGUUGUUGCAGGAGGAGAACGAGCAGCCCCUCCGGCUGCCCAGCCCUAGCGUCUAUCGCUUUGUGGUGGAAGACUCCGAGGAGAACAUCGUCUUUGAGGACAACCUCCAGAGCAGGAAUGGGAUCCCCCUGAUCAAAGGCGGCACCGUGGUGAAACUCAUUGAGAGGCUCACCUACCACAUGUAUGCAGAUCCUAAUUUUGUACGUACCUUUCUUACCACGUAUCGCUCCUUUUGUAAGCCUCAAGAACUCCUAAGUUUGUUGAUAGAACGAUUUGAGAUCCCAGAGCCUGAGCCCACAGAAGCUGAUCGGCUGGCCAUUGAGAAAGGAGAGCAGCCCAUCAGCGCAGACCUUAAGCGAUUCCGCAAGGAAUACGUCCAGCCAGUGCAACUCAGGAUACUCAAUGUUUUUCGGCACUGGGUGGAGCACCAUUAUUAUGACUUUGAAAGAGACCAGGAGCUCCUCGAUAGGCUGGAAACGUUUAUUUCCACUGUAAGAGGCAAAUCCAUGAAGAAGUGGGUGGAAUCCAUUGCCAAGAUCAUCAGGAGGAAAAAGCAAGUGCAUGCCAAUGGCGUUAGUCACAACAUCACCUUCGAAAGCCCCCCGCCCCCCAUCGAGUGGCACAUCAGCCGCCAGCUUGAAACGUUUGACCUCUUGACGCUGCAUCCCAUCGAGAUUGCGCGGCAACUGACCCUCUUGGAAUCUGAUCUCUACCGGGCUGUGCAGCCGUCUGAACUUGUGGGGAGCGUGUGGACAAAAGAGGAUAAGGAAAUAAACUCUCCAAAUCUACUCAAAAUGAUUCGGCACACAACAAAUCUUACGCUUUGGUUUGAAAAGUGCAUUGUGGAAAUGACAAACUUUGAAGAGCGAGUGGCGGUGCUAAGUAGGAUUAUAGAAAUCUUGCAAGUUUUCCAAGACCUGAAUAAUUUUAAUGGUGUGUUGGAGAUAGUCAGUGCAAUGAAUUCUGUCUCUGUCUACAGAUUAGAUCACACGUUUGAGGCGCUGCAGGAGAGGAAAAAGAAGAUUCUGGACGAAGCAGUGGAAUUAAGCCAAGAUCACUUUAAAAAAUACCUUGCUAAGCUCAAAUCAAUCAACCCACCCUGCGUGCCUUUCUUUGGAAUAUACUUAACAAAUAUUCUAAAGACCGAAGAAGGUAAUCCUGACUUCCUUAAGAGACAAGGGAAAGGAUUAAUCAACUUCAGUAAGAGACGGAAAGUAGCAGAAAUCACAGGAGAAAUCCAGCAAUAUCAGAACCAGCCUUACUGUUUACGCGUCGAGCCAGAGAUCCGGCGUUUUUUUGAAAACUUGAACCCCAUGGGAAACAUCCCCGAGAAGGAGUUUACGGACUACUUGUUCAACAAAUCGCAGGAAAUUGAGCCUCGGAAUUGUAAGCAGCCAUCUAGAUAUCCCAGGAAAACCACCUACUCCUUGAAGUCUCCCGGAAUCAGGCCCAACGCGGGCCGGCACGGCUCCACCUCGGGCACCCUGCGGGGCCACCCCACCCCUCUGGAGAAGGAGCCCUACAAGAUCAGCUUCAGUCGAAUCACGGAAGCGGAGCAGGAGUCUGCGGCCUCGGCCCCCACCUCCCCAGUCGUGCCGUCCACUCCGCCCGUCUCUGCCUCCUCGGACGUGUUCCUAGACAAUGACCUCAACAGCUCUUACGGUAGCAACAAUAGCAUCUUUGCUCCUGUCCUUCUGCCACAAUCAAAAACGUUCUUCAGUUCAUGCGGGAGUCUGCAUAAACUGAGCGAAGAGCCUCUGGUGCCUCCUCCUCUGCCGCCGCGCAAGAAGAUAGAUCAGGAUCCUUCAAACUCAAAGGGCGGCUCCAAAUCGGAAGAGGGCCCUCCCGCCAUCCCGCCGCGACAGCCUCCCCCUCCGAAGAUCCAGCCCCGCGUGCCAGCGCUCUCCUCCGGCCCGCUGGACCAGCCCCUGCAGAGCCCCCCUCCGCCCCCUCCCCCUCCACGGGACCCCCUCCCCGAUACUCCUCCUCCGGUGCCCCUGCGGCCCCCGGAGCACUUUGUGAACUGCUCCUUCCACCUGCAGCAGCCUCCCCUGGGGCGCUUCCACCGGGACCCCGACCGGCUGCGGGAGGGCGGCUCUUGCCCCGGCUCCCCCAGCACGCCGCCCGGCACCCCCUCCCCCCGCGUCCUGCGCCGCUGGUGUGGGCUCAGCCCGGGCGCCAGCCCCGGCCCCCCGGAGCCCCCGCCGCCCCCCGUCCCGCCGCGCCACAACUCCAGCCCCCAGCUCCCCAAACUGCCGCCAAAGACUUACAAGAGAGAGUUUUCCCACCCUCCUUUGCACAGACACUCUUUGCUAGAGAACGCGGAGGCGCCUCAAUGACCGCCGCUCGACACAGGAGUCUUUGACACUGGAAGCAUCGUAGCUGUAUAGAGUUCCCGUUUUCUUAUUUUUGUUGUUGUUGUUUUUUAAUUUAUUCCAAGAAGAGCAGCGAGCGUCUCUGAGUGCUUUGGCGAGGCUGCUGGCCCGGCGGGGUUCUCGAGCAAGAGCACCGCCUCGAACCCGUCUCCGGGCCUUUUUCUUCACCGCACGCGGCCUCAUUCGCGUCAAGGGACCAGCAGCAGCACUGCCUCCUCCAACUCCUCCUCCUCAGCACCAACGGUUUUGCCAGUAAGGAGAAUACAGAUUUUUUUUUUUGCACUGUAAACGACACACUACACUUGUUUUAAACUGACAUCCCGUUCGUUGCACUGAGCCGAAAACAAACAUGGUUGCUGGUGUUUUGUUCCUUCUUUUUAACCUCUAGCGGUCUUUUUCAAAACAAAAAACACAUCUAAAUUUCUUAACAGGAUACAAUCCAGCAGGAAGUGCCCCCUUCCAGGAAGCAUCCGGACGAUUGGAACUUAACACCAUUUAGCCUGUCCUGUUGAUUUGUAAAAAAAAAAAUGAUUUCCAUAGGAGACUCCCCAGUGGUUUCUCUGCAAUGGGUGCUCUUCACACCCAGCAUGAAGAAGUCUAUCAUGUUUCUGAAAUCAGGAGGGGAAAAAAGAAGAUUUGUCUGUGACCAUUACUGCUGUUCUGAAAAGUUAGUAGAGACUGUGUCUUAAUUUCCAUUGAUUUUGCUGCUGAAGAGAAGAAAGGAUGGGUGGCUAAAGAAAAAUCACAUUUUGGUUAUGUGAGACAAAAGGAAGAAAAGGAGCCUUCCUCACUCAGUUAUUUAUCCAAAAGAGAAAAGAAAAAAAGUAUUUAGCAUGUGUCAGGUUCAGUUGUGCCUUUUUUCCUUUGGGCAAGCGGAGGUGUCUUAAGCUAAAACGGUUGCCUGCUGUUUUUGACGAACAAAGCUAUUACGCCAUAUGAUGUACAGUUUGUUUAUAUUGUAUAUUUACAGAUUAAUAACCUGUAUGCAUUUCUGUGGCUCGAGGCCUACUCCGCAGUCUUUUUACUCCUGUGCGCUGUACACUGUUUGUAAGCACUUCCCCGACGUCUUUUGUGGAGGGAAAUGCGGCCUUCAGGACUUUAAAAAAUCAUGUACAUUCUCAAUUCAGAUUCAUCACGGUGGCGUUCUUUCUGGAAAUGUGACGUUCGGUUCAACAAAUUCCAGGGAACCUGAUUCAAGACUUUUUGAACCAUCACAACACGAAUAAGUCAAGCUCUCCUUUGGCUGGCAGACUUCACCAUUUUCUGCAGCGGAGGAAAUUAAGUUUGGUUCAAAGUACUGUAGAAUCCAAAAGCCUUUUUCUUGAACGGUCCGUGGCCUUUUACUGUGCUUUUACUAUCAAGAGUUCUUAACCAGAUUAAUAAAUCAAUCCAGUCUUAAUUUUUAAGAAAGCUUG